GCGCAGGCAGGCAGGCAGGCAGGCAGACUGCAGCCCUUCUCAAUGAGAGAAAAGUUUUCACCAAAGGAUUCUGUCCAAGAAUUAAAUCACCUUCAUGUCGACUCUGUUGGAUACUAACCGGCCGAUGCUAUGGUUACCUUUAUUACGAUCUUACAGGUGAAUCUAGUGAUGUCCAUCCUGCUCUAUGUGAUGGUCCUUGUGUACCUCUAUGGUAUCCAGGCAACCAACAUGGACAACAGUCGCCAGGGGCAGCAACAGCAGCAGCAGCAGCCGCCGCCCGGUCCUGACCCUUUAAACUCACUCAUCAUCCAGCUGCUCCAGGCUGACCUGACUAGGGGGAAGAACCGGGGGAACCAGAGCCACCAGGGGAAAAGCAAAGACACCGAGCCACAGGACACGCUGCACUCUCUCCUCAGUGCCAAUAUGCCUCUGGAGGAGCAGCGGCACGCUGAGCAGUGGGGGGCGGUGGGCCGCGGUGGCGAAAGCAGUGACAAUGUGGGCGAACAGCAGUUGAUGAUGUUGAACACAGACCUUUUGAGGCAGCACAAGCGCUUUAAUUCACCUCGAGUGCUGCUGAGUGACAGACCGCCACUGCAACCGCCGCCAUUGUAUCUGGCUGAUGAUUUCGUGAAUGGCGGGCUGGAGGGCGAAACAUCCGGAAACAAGACCCGGAAGAAGCGCUACACCGAGCACAAGAGCUAUCGCGGGGAAUAUUCCGUGUGUGACAGUGAGAGCCAGUGGGUGACGGAUAAAACUCAAGCGGUGGACACGAGGGGGAACACCGUCACCGUUUUGGACAAAAUCAAAACCAGCGCAACACCGGAUAUUAAACAAUACUUUUAUGAGACACGCUGUCGGACCCCUACACCCUUUAAGGGAGGUUGCAGAGGCAUCGAUGACAAGAACUGGAACUCGCAGUGUAAGACGACACAAACUUACGUUAGAGCGCUAACGCAGGUUCGCAAUUCAGUGGGCUGGAGGUGGAUACGCAUAGAUACUUCCUGUGUUUGCGCACUGUCCAGGAAACGUCACAGGACGUAAGAAAACAACCCUUUGGGGACCUCUACCACCUGGAAUUCCUGCAGUGGAUUCUAUUUCCACAUCAAGCGCUUUCCAACUCCGGAAUACGCACCUGAGUGGUGAUACAAAAUGACACUUCUACUGAAGAAUAUGUGGGUCCAUUUCAACAUUUCAUACCGUUUUGGAAGAACUUGUUUCAGACAGGGCGUGAAGGGGAACUGUAUAUAUAAAUUAUUUAAAUUAUAUGAAAUGCAUGUAGUUUAUACAUGUUUGUCUAAAUAUAUAUGUAUGAAUAUAUUUGUGUUAUUUAUUGAACCAAUGAACAAAAAUCUCUAUAAAAUGAAUGACAAAUUGGAUAUUCUGAGACUACAAGGCCGGACUGGGCUGCAAAGGUGCUUCACACUGACUACUUAUGUGCCUUGACCAGUGUGGCUACAUAGGAAACACACACACACACACACACACACACACACACCAUCUACUAGCGGUAGAUUACUACACACAAACAAAGACAAAGCAUGAGAUGCGAUUGAGCACACACACAUUGUUCCAGCAUCAUACAAAGAUUGGCCAAACCCUAAAUUUAAUCAGAAAAAAACAUGUUUUGGUUUACUGUAACUGGUAUCAUGAGCAAUAUAUUCCUCUUAGUAAAAUAGUAACGACAAAUGCAAUGUUCCAAAACACAAAACUGUAUAUUGGUUUUCCACGGACUGGUGAGAGCAUGUACUGUAUUACAUUUCGCCAUCACCAGUUCCUUGAAAACCCAUUUGGUUUGCAAACAAAAAUAAAAAGUUUAAUGCAAAGUGUUUGCUUCAUUGUGAAGACGUGUCUUUUUAAAGCGUAGAUGCUGACAAUGUAUUAUGUUGCUAUUCUGUUUCAGCACAUUCACUUAAAUACACUCAUUGCCCACAAUUGAAGUACACAAAUUUCAAUGAGAUUCAAUAAAUGAGUUAGAAAAAAAAAAUUCAUUUAACAAGAUAAUUAUGCUCAGUUUUGACACCAUCAGAAAGGCUGUUCAUCAGCUGAUCAAAAGUUGAAGACCAUAGCUCAAAAAACCCGAAACCCCCCAAAAAUAGGAAUUACAUUUUCAAAAAAGAAUUCAGUAAUGAGUCCCCAUUCAAAAAUUGGUUUGGACAUGCUUGAUGCCAUGUUUCCAGGAAGUUAGUGGGAAUGUUCCUCUAGGUCAGUGGUCACCGACCUUUUUGAGACCAACAUCCCUGGUCUCGGGCGUGAAACUGCGCAAGCUCUAACCCCCCCCCCGGGAAAAAACAGACCACCCUUGUUUCUUCAGUUUAUUGAUCCAUUUUAAUGCGUGGUACAACUAAAGGUGCAUUUGUUCGGACAAACAGAAUGAUAACAAAUAUAGCUCAUAAGACUUUAAUUGAAAAGCUGAUAUUUAGCAACUGCCACGGUUUUCUUGAUAACCUUACAUGAAUAACUAUAGUAUUGUACUGCCAAAAAAAAUAACUCUUAAUCGACAUUUUUGUGGUCACUGUUACAUUUGUCCAAACAAAAGGUACCUUUACUUGUUUCAGGCAUUAAAAUGAUCAAGAAACUGAAGAAACAAGGGUGGUCUAAUGAUUUUUUCCAUGACUGUAUACAGUAUAUAUAUUUAUAUAUGCCUAGAAAAAAAAUAGAUAUUUAAAUUAUAUAUUAAAAAACUGAAAUGUUGACACCAACACCCAAUAAUAACACAGAGCUUUGUAUUUAAAGACAAAGCUUUAAAUAUGUAUCACUUAUAUAUAUAUAUACACAUUUAUACACAUAUACAUACAUAUAUACAUACACACACACACACACACACACACACGCACACGCACACGCACACACACACACACACGCGCACACGCACACACACACACACACAUACCAGUUGAAAAAUUGCUCGAAUUUGCAUUUUGCACAUUUGGAUCUUAAUGAGGUUUUAAGUAAAGCUACAAUAUGCAAAAACAAGAAGGGGGAGUGAGACAAAAAGCAUUUCGAAAAAGUAAUUUAUUGAAAACAACAAUUAAACAGAAAUAGGCUGUUUAUCAGCUGAUCAAACGUUGACCACAGGCUAUAAAAGCCCAAAUCUGCUCAAAAUGUUCAUUUUCUGUCAGGCAUUCACACUGUCAUGCCCUCCAAGGCCUCUCGCAGCGUGCCAUUGCUGCUGAGGUUGGGUGCAGUAAAUCAGUCAUUCUAAAUAUUUUGAAAGAUCCUGAGCAUUACGGAACAAAGAAGUCAAGUGGUAGACCCCCCCCCAAAUAAAUAAAUAAAUAAAUAAAUCACACCUGCGCUGAGCCGGAGGAUCCAAUUGGCUGUCCAAGGCACAGGGUGGUCUUCGACCCACAUUAAGGCCCUUACUGGUGCCGACUGCAGCGCAAUAACCAUCAGACGGCAUAUAUGCAUAUAUAUCAUAAAUACAAAGCUCUGUGUUGUUAUUGGAUGCUAGUGUCAACAUUUCAGCUUUUUCUCAUUGUGUCUUUUGCUCUAUUUUUUACCAUUUUUGCUGCUUUUUAAAUCUUAUUUUGUUUAAGCAGUGAUGCGAUGACAAAAUGAGCCACGGUCCGCGGAUCGCUCCUGAACCGCACUUUGGCCAAGCCUACUUUUGUGGAUCUUCGUCAAGGUCGGGCUUGUGGCGUCAGCCCUAUAUGCAAACAUCAACUCAGUUUGUUGGCUCAAUGUCAUGGGCGAGCGAGCGGGUUGAGGAGAGAGAGACGGGUCAAUGCGUUAAAAUAGUCAGCCCUAACGAGCCGCAGCUCGAAGAUUUUUUUGUAAGUGCACGUCUAUGGAGUUAUUUUAUUAUUUGUGCCUUAAUUUUGAGGUAGCAGAGGCAGAUUGUGAGCCAUAUUAACGUGCAAUACUGUAACUACUGAUGUGUGCACAGGCACAUCGCUGUGCUCUGUCACUCACUCCCCUCGCUUAACUUAAGCAGCGAGGCAAUCUGAUGUAUGUGCACUGAUACCUCUGGUCGGGUGUUGGGGACUGGGCUCCUGGCUGGAGCUUGCGGGCUGCGUGCCUGGAGGGUGGUAAGGCGUACGGGCGUGUUCAGCGGUCAAAAGAGAGGCCUUGUUUAUGCAGUUCAACAGUCUGUCCGCAUUCAAAGAGAGAAAGCUUAUUUUCCUGUGCCAUCGAGACAUCACGAUAGCGUGAACGCGUGACAGAAAAUGACACUGAAACCAUAUUUUUGCCAAGAUUUUGGCUUUUAAAACCUGUGGUCUUAAACUUUUGAUCAGCCUAUUUCACUUUAAUGCUUGUUUGUAAUAAAUUGCUUACUCCAACAUUUUUUUGUCUCACUCUCAUUUCUUCUUUUUGCAUUUUGAAGCUCUACUAAGAACCUCCUCAAUAUGCAACAGUGCAAAAUGUAAAUUCUUUCAAUUUUUCAACUGGUCUUAAAAUUUUGAUCAGGUGUGUAUAUAAUCAUGUCCUGUCGGUCAUCUUUCUGUUAAUGAAAUACAGUAAAUGGCCAUAUUUCAGAGACAGUGGAAACUGGUGAUUAAUCAUGCCUGAUUCAUUUGAAAACUGUGAUUAAUCUGAUUAAAAACUUUAAUCGACAGACCUGAAAAAUAUUCAAAUGUGCAUGCCUCCAAUUUAUGCCUCCUACAAGGCCAUUGUUAAACAAUAUGAGCGGUCGAGGAAGUCAUACGAGGCAGAGGCAGAAUUUGCCAUCUCUAAUGACCCAGGGUCUUACAAAGGGGCAAAGCUGAUUUAAGAAGAUGUGCAUACAUGCCGAGCUGGGAUUUAAGGCUGUAAUCUCCUAUUCUAAGAGGAGCUUAUCAUUUGCCAGGCUGCAGAAGAGAGAAGAUCAGCAAUGUGUUCGAUGUGCCGACCAAAUCACUGCAUAUACGUAUUUGGACUCCCAUGUAAAGUUGGACAGAAUUUAGUGUAACAGCUAUGACAAUACGAAAAUAUAGUGGAAAGGUUCUACAGUAUAUUGUCAUGUUUUCUCCAUGUUGCUUUGUAUCGUUUUACAACUGAAUAGGAUGAGGUGUUCAUUCUAAAUACAGUCAAACCUCAUUUUUUUUGGACAAAAUUUUGCCCGUUUUCAAACACUGUCUCGGUUUUUGUACAGUAUUGCACAAAACUAACUAGUCCAUUUGCCCUGUACUGUAUCAUUCCGUGACCAACCCACCCACCAACUUGCAAGUGCCAGCAAUUUGACAAAGAAGGUGAGAAACCCUGUUAAAUUUGGAUCUCGCCAUAAUGUAUGGGAAGUACGCGUCAAGAUUCAAGUUCACGUUUCAUCCAUUCGUCAUUUAUAAUUAUUUCACAAUUUCUGCACGUACGACAAUAUUCUCUAUAAAAUUUAUUUUUUGUUAUUUUUGCUGGACUGGAACGGAUUCAUUGGAUUUACAUUAUUUCCUACGGGGAAAUUGCCUCGGUUUUCAUAGAUUUAGGUUUUAGUGUAACCUUUCGGAACGAACCAGGGUACAGAACGAACCACUGUAUGCAGUUAUUUAUCAGCAUUAAUGUUGCCCACUGUGAUUUACAUAUUGCGCAAUGAAGCCAAGCAUAAUGUUCCUUUAAACUCAAACUCAAGACGACCACCAAUAGUCAAUUCAGAAUAACCCAGACGUGCAUAUUUAAACAACUUUCCCCGUCUUGUUACGCCCCCUUAUUUAAUCCACGCUCACUGGACACUUUAUUAGCUAUAUCUGCCCAACCUUAUAACAUCCGAAAUUAGAUCUGUAUCUUAAAUGAUGCCUUUCAAAAGAUAAGUGCGUUCUAGAGUGCACAGACCUGUGCCAUGGCUGAACACCGGUGUACUGUAAAUGGCCGUGAUGAUGUAUUUUUCACAAUGAUAAAUGUUAAUGUUAACAAAUGCUAAUUAUAAAUGACGAAUGUGUUGUCUGUCCCCUGGCCUUUUUAUUAUAACAAUGUGCUCAUUGUUGUGGUAGUCGUUUGCACUGGUGGAGAACUGCAAAACAAAUCACUGCAUAUUGUUUUCAUUUCGGUUUUGUCAUGCAGUGCAAUUUCUUUGGAAAUUGUGGCUGUACUUGGUCAGUGAAGCCUGGAGAAACUGGAAUCACUUCUAACACCAAAUGUUAAACCAUGCAGGUCACUUACAAAAACACACACCCUCAGCAAACUUAUUUUAAGAGUCAACUCUGUUCAGUGUUCAUUCUGUAUGGUAACCUAACCUGUCAAAAUAAGCUUCUACAGGUAAACAAAUAUACCCUUAACACCAAGAUGAAGCUGGCGCGGCUGUUAGAGUCUUAACUUACAUCCCCAUUGCAUGCUUGACAAGCGAGAAAAGACAGUGGAUUAUAGGAUUCUUUCAGCAUUGGAUAGCUGCACUCUGACAGACGUGGGUGUAAAGAGGCCUUGCUCAGGUUUUGGCCUCCUAUGGGAGGCAGAGUGGGGAUUGCGUAUCUUGGACAGGAGCAGUGCAUGGGGUUCAUGGUGUCCCAUAGCCUGCUGGAAGCCUGACUGUCAAAAGUCACAAGUGUUUACAAAUGGGAGGAUCACACCGAGGCUAAGAGGUGACAUGCUUUGGCAAAUGACCACCAAGCUCAGCAUUAGAAAUGUACUUUUAACUUAUACUGGUAGGUGUUGCAAGAAAACCAAUUAUGGUAUAAUGGCAUCAUAACUAUUAUAUAAUAUACUGUAGUUACUUCCUGAGUUGCGUCAGGACGGGCAUUCAUGUGGUCAAGUGCUUUGGAAGACAUGUUAGUAUACUGCACAUGUCAUACAGAUAUCCUCAAAGUUUUACAGUGAAAAGGAGGGGAUAGACGAGCCAUGGGGAUGCCGUUUCAUUUUAGUCCGUUAAAAACGUACCGUGAUUUCUAGUGUAUAAGCCGCUGCUACUUUUUCGUCACGCUUUGAACCCUGUGGCUUGUACAGUGACACGCUAAAAACUACGUUUCCCAUGAUGCUUAAGUGGAAGCUAAUAUCGUGACGAAGGAACUAUGAGGACGUUCAAUUGUGACACUCAAGACGAUGACUUCAUGUCUUCAGUGGUUUUAGUUCCCAGGAGGAGGAGGAGGACGAUGAUGAUGAAUGACUUUUCUGGUGGGCUACUGUUCAACAAGCCAUAUAACACGCACUGUUCGCGCUGGUUGGUAAAUUUCAACAGCAGGUACAAAUCAUUACACACACUGGACCAGCUCACUUUCUGUCAUGUGUCUCCCUUAAACCGUUCCCCCUGCAACCUGUGUUAACAGUUGCUCCCAAAACAUUACAACCUUACUUACUUACAACUUCUUUCUUGAGCUCAACAGUGUUUCUCACCUUCUUUAUCAAAGUUCUGGCACUUGCAACUUUGUUUGGUGUCAUAGUGGCUUAUUUUGCAGCUGUAAUUUAAAAAAGCACACAGAACCUCAUUUGGCCAGUAUGUGAAAGUGAUGUUAAAUGUUCAUGUAUCUAUUAUAUUUGUCGUGUAUAUGUACUGUAUUUGGCAUUGCU